UUUCACUUUCUAUUCUGCUGAAUGGAAACGAAGCUCUUAAGUGAGAAAGUUAAACUUGUUGUGCUUCCAGAGCCUCAUUCUUCCAGGAUUUCUGUCAAAUGGAGAAACGGGAGGACACGCGCACCUGCGGGCAGUGCCACAAAGAAGUAGCAGAGGUAAACUUCGCUCUGCAUGAAACUCACUGCAGCCGCUUCCUGGUGCUCUGCCCCGAGUGUGAGGAAACUGUUCCUCGAGAACAACUGGACACACACCGGGAGGAGCAACACACAGAGGUGAGAUGCUCCAGGUGUCACCAGAAGAUGGAGCGAUGUCAGCUGUUGGACCAUGAGUCUGCUGAGUGUGAGCAGCGUCUGCAGGUCUGUCUCUUCUGUGAUCUGGAGCUUCCUGUGAAGAACCUGCAGGAUCACUCUGUGGUGUGUGGGAGUCGAACAGAGCUCUGCAGGGACUGCGGACGCUACAUCACUCUGAAGCUGCUAAACGAACACACCUCCACCUGUCCGGGGACUCAGAGCGGAUCAGAGCCUGCUGAGAACACCAGAGGACUGACACCUCAUAAAGCAACUAUAACAGUGAAUUGUACCAGAUGUUUGGCCUCAUUUCCAAUCGAGGACAUAGAGCUACACGAGAUGGAGUGUGUUUCCUCAUCAUCCUCCAGGAGGCUGCAGGAUGACAAGGAUGAAGAGGAGGAGGACGAAGAUGAUGAGGAUGAUGGGGAUGAUGAGGAGGAGGAUAAGCCAGAAGAGGAAGAGUGGAAUGGGUGGGAUGUUUCAGAGCGGGGGGCCACUGCCUCCAAAACCCCCCACUUCCUGUCAAAGAGACCCAGCAGAGACCCCAGAGGUGAUACAUUUGAGGAAGAAGACCCGGAUCAGAUCAGCUGUUGCCCUCACUGCCACCUGGCUCUGCCCCUCCCCACUCUGCGCUGGCACCAGACGAAGUGCCAAAUCCACGUCGGCUUGAAGUGAAGAGAAAGAACUGGAGAACAGACUGUUUCAAUAUGGAGACAUAUAUAACCUGUUCAGAUGUUUUUCAUUACUUUAUGUUUAAAUGUUCGUGAACAUUCAGUUUCUGGAUUUAAAGGCCCUUUAAUUUGACUGCAUGACUUUGUGGUUAAUACUGUUUUAUAUAGAUUAUCACAUCUGUAAUACAGUGAAGUUCCUUUUGUUAAAUACCCAUUCAGAUACAACAGUAAUGCUUAAUACUUGUGUAUCACUGUGUUGUGCGACAUUAACCCAGCUGCUGCUAAAGUUAAAAGUGUACGUGCCAAAAUAUGAAAUGCCUUAAUGUCUGAUUCACACUUUCAAAUAUAUAUAAACUGCAGGAGAAAACUCCAUUUAGAAACCUUCGGAUGCAUUUUAUUUUGGAUGUGGUUCCACGUAUCUCUUCUUCUUAUUCUUCCUGGUUUGUUUCUAGUUUUUGUUCAUCUCUGCUUUUCUUUUUGUUUAACCGAACAACAACCUGCUCCUACAGCUUCUUGUCUUUAUGUUGACUAGCUUUUAUUCAAAAUAAAGCUUUCCUUCUGUGGGCAAUCCCUACUUUAUGUUCAAAUGUACAUUCAGUUUCUGGAUUGAAUGGCUUUUUAAUUUGACUGCAUGACUUUUGUGCUUGCCUUCAUAAAGAUGGUUACAACUGUAAAA